AUGUACAUGAAAGCCACUGGGAAUGAACAUCAUUGGUUUAAGAAUAAAGAGUAUGUUUGUCGAGGCCAUGACUAUGAGAGAUUAGAGACCUUCCAACAAAGAAUGCUUAGCGAAUUUCCACAGGCCAUUGCAAUGCAACAUCCAAAUCACCCAGAUGAUACCAUACUGCAGUGUGAUGCCCAGUACUUGCAAAUCUAUGCAGUGACUCCAAUUCCUGAUAAUAUUGAUGUCCUACAUAUGGAUCGGGUCCCUGAUCGCAUAAAGAGCUUUUAUCGAGUUAACAACAUCAGGAAAUUCCGCUAUGACAGGCCUUUCCACAAGGGUCCCAAAGACAAGGAAAAUGAAUUUAAGAGCUUGUGGAUUGAACGUACCACUCUAACUCUGACUCACAGUUUACCUGGGAUCUCACGGUGGUUUGAAGUGGAAAGACGAGAACUGGUUGAAGUAAGUCCAUUGGAAAAUGCCAUUCAAGUAGUGGAGAACAAAAAUCAAGAGCUAAGGACACUGAUAAGCCAGUAUCAACACAAACAAAUGCAUGGGAACAUUAAUCUACUCAGUAUGUGCUUGAAUGGAGUUAUUGAUGCUGCUGUGAAUGGUGGCAUAGCACGGUAUCAGGAGGCCUUUUUUGAUAGGGAUUAUAUCUCCUCUCAUCCUGGAGAUGCAGAAAAAAUCACACAGUUGAAAGAAUUGAUGCAUGAACAGGUACAUAUCCUAGGAAUAGGUCUGGCAGUACAUGAGAAGUUUGUACAUCCUGAGAUGCGUCCCCUUCAUAAGAAACUAAUUGACCAAUUUCAGAUGAUGCGAUCUAGUUUGUACCAUGAAUUACCUGCUCUGGAAAAAUUGAGUCCAGCCUGCUCAGGAACAAGCACACCACGCAGCAACAUGCUUGUAUCGCACAGUCCAAUGAGUCCAGAGAGCAUCAAAGUAAUGCACCGCCACAGCCCAUUGAAUAUGCUGGGUACAGUCCGACACUCGUCAUCUUCCCUUUCUUCCCAUACGUCAAGUGAAACAGGAAAUCUGGUUAUAUUAACAGACAGUUCUGUUGGAGAAACUGCAGAGGAUGUGUACCACAUGCAGGUACCACUCAAAUUCCUUAAUAAUAAAUAUUUGAACCUACUGAUCAGUGUUACUUUUUCUUAUUCCCAGGCCAGUCCUUCCACCUCAAGCCUGAGCUCUACUCAUUCUGCACCAUCUCAGAUGAUCAACUCUGCACCUCCUAGUGCAAGAGGCUCUCCCUCUCUACCAGAUAAGUACCGUCAUCAUCGAGAAUUAAUGAUGCUACUACCAGCACACCGGGAUCGGCCUAGCAGUGCUAUGUAUCCUGCAGCUAUCAUGGAAAAUGGACAGCAUCCAAAUUUCCAGAGAGCCUUGCUCCAGCAGGUGAUUGGACCAUGCAAACCCUGCAGUGAUCCUAAUCUGUCUGUUGCUGAAAAAGCUGUUUCAGCAGCACCAAGCAGCUGGAGUCUGGACAGCGGAACCAGAGAGGCCUUGCCAUUCCUGUCUGCUCAUGUUGGGAGCAUCCUGGUCCCACCAGUGCCUCCCCGAAGCCUGACCCAUGGUCACUAUUCACUACACUUCGAUGCCUUCCAUCAUCAUCUUAAUGAUGCUCCCCCAGCGCUGCCUGCACGGACACUGCGCAAGUCUCCUCUUCACCCAAUACCUGCAUCACCCACAAGUCCCCAGUCUGGCCUGGAUGGAAGCAAUUCCACCCUUUCUGGUAGCGCCAGCAGUGGAGUUUCUUCACUAAGUGAAAGUAAUUUUGGCCAUUCAUCUGAGCCCCCUCCUCGAACAGACACAAUGGAUUCUGUCCCUAGCCAGACCUGGAACACUGAUGAAGACUUAGAGACACCCUACCUCCCUGUCAGGUACAGUCUCUCAGAGCCUGAUGUUUUAGAAACGCUCAAAUCCCAGCCAUGCCGAAGCCACUCCGCUCCAUCUGGAGUCAUUCCUCAGGACACUAUGGACCCUCCAGCUCUACCCCCUAAACCAUAUCAUUCCCGUCUCUCAAACAUGGAUAAUGAAGAAGGAAUGAUUUUGGAAGAGGAUGAAAAAUAUCGAGCAUUGCAUCGCAAGAUCUCCCAACCAACUACUGGUGCAAAAGAGGAGCAAGCGAGGGUAGCGUGGGAGCAUGGCAUCAGUGAGAAGUAG